ACCCGCAUCCAAAUCGGUCACCAGAAUCUCCAAGGCACGCUUCCUCCGGACCUCCGAAACCUCACCGAACUCGAGCGCUUGGAGCUUCAAUGGAACAACAUUUCCGGUCCUCUCCCAUCUCUCAGCGGCUUAAGCUCGUUGCAAGUUUUGAUGCUCAGCAACAACAUGUUCUCUUCCAUUCCGAGCGAUUUCUUCGCCGGAAUGACGUCUCUUCAGUCCGUCGAGAUCGACAACAACCCCUUCGCGGCGUGGGAAAUCCCGGAGGCGCUCAAAAACGCCUCCGCGAUACAGAAUUUCUCCUCCAACUCUGCCAACGUCACCGGGCGAAUACCCGAGUUUUUCGGGGCUGAUAACUUCCCCGGGCUGAGCAUUCUGCACUUAGCUUUUAAUAGGCUUGAGGGCGGUUUGCCGUCGAGCUUUUCGGGCUCGCAAAUUCAGUCGUUGUGGGUUAAUGGGCAGGAGAGUAGUGGGAAGCUCAGUGGAAGGAUUGAUGUUGUUCAGAACAUGAGUUUGUUGAAAGAGGUUUGGUUACAUUCCAACGCGUUUUCCGGUUCUUUGCCGGACUUUUCGGGGUUGAAGGAUUUGGAGAGCUUGAGUUUGAGGGACAAUUUGUUCACUGGUCCUGUUCCGCUAUCUUUGUUGGGUCUUAAGUCGUUGAAAGUUGUGAACUUGACCAACAAUCUGUUUCAAGGUCCUGUUCCUGAGUUUGGAACUGGGGUUUCUGUUGACAUGACUAAGGAUUCCAAUAGCUUCUGUUUGCCGGCUCCGGGGCCGUGCGAUUGGCAGGGGAAUGUGUUGCUUUCGAUCGCAAAGUCGAUGGAUUACCCGCGGAGAUUUGCCGAGAAUUGGAAGGGAAAUGAUGUUUGCGCGGAUUGGAUUGGGGUGAGUUGUAGCAAUGGCAAUGUGACAGUGAUCAAUUUUGAGAAGAUGGGUCUCACAGGUACUAUUUCUCCUGACUUUGGUUUGUUUAAGUCUCUUAAAAGAGUUGUUCUUGCGAAUAACAAUCUGACCGGAACUAUCCCGGAGGAGAUUUCCACUUUGCCCUCACUUACUGAAUUAGAUGUGUCAAACAAUCUGCUUUAUGGGAAAGUCCCUUCUUUUAAGAGCAAUGUGAUUGUUAAUACCAAUGGUAAUCCUGAUAUUGGGAAGGAGAAGAGUAGUUCAUCUGUAGGGGAGGCAGGGACGUCUCCGACUUCGACGAAUCCCACGAAUGCAGGCUCCGAAAACGGUGGCGGUUCGGGGCGUUCCGGCAAGAAAUCCUCUAGUUUGAUUGGAGUGAUUGUGUUCUCAGUAAUUGGUGGGGUGUUUGUUAUUUUCUUGAUUGCUCUGUUGGUGUUCUGUGUUUACAAGACGAAACAAAAACGUUUGAGCAGAGUGCAGAGCCCCAACGCAAUGGUGAUCCAUCCUCGGCAUUAGGGGUCCGACAAUGAGAGCGUGAAGAUCACGGUGGCGGGCUCGAGUGUAAGCGUUGGCGCUGUUAGCGACGCGCAAACUCUUCCCGGCAGUGAAGUUGGUGGUGACAUUCAAAUGGUUGAAGCAGGAAACAUGGUGAUUUCCAUUCAGGUGCUCAAGAACGUGACGAGCAAUUUCAGCCAUGAGAAUAUCUUGGGGCAAGGAGGCUUUGGGACUGUGUACAAAGGCGAAUUGCACGACGGAACGAAAAUCGCCGUCAAGAGAAUGGAAUCUGGGGUGAUAGCGGGGAAAGGACUGGGGGAAUUCAAGUCUGAGAUUGCGGUCUUGACGAAAGUUCGCCACCGGCAUCUCGUUGCGCUUUUGGGGUAUUGUUUGGAUGGAUUAGAAAGGCUUCUUGUGUAUGAAUACAUGCCUCAAGGGACACUUAGUAGGCAUCUUUUCAAUUGGCCAGAGGAAGGACUAAAGCCAUUGAAAUGGAAGAAAAGACUUACUAUUGCUUUAGAUGUGGCAAGAGGUGUGGAAUAUCUCCAUGGUUUGGCCCAUCAGAGCUUCAUCCACAGAGACUUAAAGCCUUCCAACAUUCUUCUUGGGGAUGACAUGAGGGCUAAGGUUGCCGAUUUCGGUCUCGUUCGCCUUGCCCCGGAGGGUAAAGCUUCCAUUGAGACUAGAAUUGCUGGUACUUUUGGAUACUUGGCGCCAGAGUAUGCAGUGACCGGGCGAGUGACAACAAAAGUAGAUGUAUUCAGUUUCGGAGUGAUACUGAUGGAGCUAAUCACAGGAAGAAAAGCACUUGAUGAGACACAACCAGAGGAGAGCAUGCACCUAGUGACAUGGUUCCGGAGAAUGCACAUCAACAAGGACACUUUCCGCAAGGCGAUUGACCCCACAACCGACCUCAACGAGGAAACGCUAGCGAGCAUCAGCACCGUCGCCGAGUUAGCAGGCCACUGCUGCGCAAGGGAACCUUAUCAAAGACCUGACAUGGGACACGCCGUUAACGUUCUGUCUUCCCUUGUCGAGCUGUGGAAACCCUCGGAGCAAAGCUCAGAGGACAUAUACGGCAUUGACCUCGAAAUGUCCCUGCCACAAGCGCUCAAGAAGUGGCAGGCUUAUGAAGGCCGAAGCCACUUGGAUUCGUCUUCUUCGUCGCUACUUCCCAGCUUAGACAACACCCAAACUAGCAUUCCGACUCGCCCUUACGGAUUCGCUGAGUCCUUCACUUCAGCUGAUGGAAGAUGAUCAAAAGAUCAUAGUUGUAAAUGAUUGUUUAAUAUUUGGUGGUUUGGUAUGGUAUGUUCAUUCUAUUUUUUGCUCCUUUUCUCUAUGUUCUAGUCUCAUUCAACAUUAAUACUCUGACCAUUAUUUUCUUUGAAUAUAGUUUGAAUCUCAUGAAGUGUUUUAGUAAUGAACUGAGAAUAGUUAAUUUUCUCA